AGAGGGAGAGUGUGUGUGUGUGUGAGAGAGAGAGAGAGGGAGAGAGGGAGAGUGCGCGCGCUGCUGCAGUGACACAGAUCUGCGGAUAUAAACAAAUGCACGCAUUUGGAGACUGAGUCUGUUCCACACACACUGAGGACUGUUUAGAAGCCGUUCUCCGGCUCUGUGCCGCUUCAUGGUCCAUGUCGGUGAAAACAAGCCGCUUUUAGGAGCUGAUACUGAAUCUACACCGUGUAUUUUGAACUGCUUGUGCAUGUGUGAGGGAGAAGUGAGGAGGCAAUGACAGAGCUGAGGAAGCGCGGAGGAGCAGGAGCAGGAGGAGGAGGAGGAGGUGGAGACCCUGACAGCACUGACAAUAUCAGCGACAAGGAGGCAGAUGGAGAGGACAGACUGGGCCUGGCCAUUGAAGGGGAAGGGGACAUGGAGGGCGAGUGUAAAGCAGACACUCCUGACAUGCCACCGUCCACUGACAACACUCCACAAUGUCUCAACAAAGCCCUGGAGGGCCUGUCAUCCAGAUGGAAGAACUGGUGGGUACGAGGGAUUUUAUCACUUACGAUGAUCAUAGGUUUCUUCCUUAUCAUCUAUUUGGGACCCAUUAUGCUUAUAUUUGUGGUUAUGACUGUUCAAAUCAAGUGUUUUCAUGAAAUCAUAACCAUCGGCUAUAGAGUUUACCAUUCCUACGAUCUUCCGUGGUUCAGAACACUGAGCUGGUACUUUUUGAUUUGUGUGAACUACUUCUUUUAUGGGGAGACGGUAGCGGAUUACUUUGGUGCAUUAGUCCAAAGGGAGGAACCCUUGCAGUUCCUUGUUCGUUAUCAUCGCUUCAUUUCUUUCACUUUGUACUUGGCAGGUUUCUGCAUGUUUGUUCUGAGCUUAGUGAAGAAGCAUUACCGCCUGCAGUUUUAUAUGUUUGCUUGGACCCAUGUGACUCUGUUGAUUGUGGUAACUCAGUCUCACCUGGUCAUUCAGAACCUUUUUGAAGGAAUGAUCUGGUUUAUUGUACCAAUAUCGAUUGUCAUCUGUAAUGACAUCAUGGCUUACCUGUUUGGCUUCUUCUUUGGAAGAACACCUCUGAUUAAGCUCUCUCCAAAGAAGACUUGGGAAGGCUUUAUUGGAGGCUUCUUCUCCACAGUGGUCUUUGGCUUUAUUUUUGCCUACCUGCUGGCCCAGUACCAGUACUUUGUGUGUCCGGUAGAGUACAACAGUGAGACUAAUCGUUUUGCAGUGGAGUGUGAACCCUCAGACCUGUUUGUGAUGCAGGAGUACACACUGCCUGCGAUGGCGCAGAAUGUCCUGCGAUGGAAAACGGUGAACUUAUACCCAUUUCAGAUUCACAGUAUCGCUCUCUCCUCAUUUGCUUCACUGAUCGGACCAUUCGGUGGCUUUUUUGCCAGCGGCUUCAAAAGAGCUUUUAAAAUCAAAGAUUUUGCAGACACCAUCCCUGGACAUGGUGGUAUCAUGGACCGCUUUGACUGUCAGUAUCUGAUGGCCACAUUUGUCCAUGUUUACAUAGCGAGCUUUAUCAGGGGUCCGAACCCCAGCAAGGUGUUACAGCAGCUGCUGGUCCUGCAGCCCGAACAACAGCUCAGCAUUUUCAACACGCUGCGCAGCCACCUGAGAGAGAAGGGCAUGCUGCAUCCUGCUGCGCCGGAGGAAUGAAGAAACACUCAUUUAUUCACUACUUCAGUUAGAACAGUAAGGUUUAGAUAUUUAUCACUUCACACAACUGUGGAUGCACAGCCAUCACUCUAGAAACUCUGGACAAACAGUGCAGUGGACUUUACCUCACAUUUCCACUGCACAAACAGCUCUACAAAAAUGUGACCACAAGGGGGAGGUAUGCUUCUUCUUCUUCUUUUUCUUCUUCUCCUUCACCGAACUGCAUGUGAGACAUGUCUUCUGACAAACAGAAGGAAAGAUGGAAGCCCACAGUAAGUGAAGUCAGAGGGCUGGAAGUUGGAAAAUAGUUCUUAAUGCCAAGUUUGGGCUUUGCACUGAUUUUAAAUUUGAUUGUGGUGUAAUUUAAGAUGUGUGAUUGAAAAGCAGAAAUAGUACAGUUUGCUUCUGUGAUAAUUCUAAGAUGCACAUUGGGUUGUGAGACGCUACAAUAUGCAGGAUUAGCAUGAUGAUAAUCGUAUCGGCUGCACAAAUAAUCACCAACCUAAAACAGCAUGAGUCGUACACUUACUUCUAAAAGUAGCCCUUCUCUCUCUCUCUUCCCAUGGACUUAACAUUACUUAUACACUGUAAAAUUCCACAGCUGUAGUAGGACUUACCCUUGAGAACUACACACUUGUAGUUAUGUAUUAAUGUAAAUAGAUAUAGAUUAUACUAAAAGAUAUACAGUAUAAUAUAUAACAUAUAAUUGUGAGACUCAUAUCCUAUAUAUGUUAUAGGAAUGAAAAUAUAUGCAAACACUAGAUUUAACUUUUUUAAAUAGCGAUUUAGCAUGAUUAAUCUUCUGUGUGAAGGACAGUAUGGUGAAUUAAUAAGUUAUUUUUGUUUUUACGGAAGAUGAGAAGUAAACACUCGGUUCUUUUGUAGUGCACUACAAAAAAAAAUCAGGUUUUUAUCAUCAAACAGUGAUGUCUUAUGGUAGAAUCUGUGUGUCUUUAAAGGAGAUAGUUUGAAAUACAGAGUGAAGUAGAUAAAAUGUGUGCAUUUACUGUUAACGCAUCUGGUAGCCAUAUUGUGUGUUACAUUAACUGAUCCAAAUAUAACACACACAAAAAAAAAGGUUGGCUGAUGAGCAGAAGUCCUUCCUGUUUACCAAAGCACUGUCUCUGUACUAGUGUCUUGUACAGAUCACACUAAAACUGCAAAGUCCACUGAUCAGGAUAUCACCUAAAACAGAUUCAAACAAUUAAAAAUAUAUAACAGUUCAUACUUAAAACGCCAUUUGAUUUUCACUAGUGUCUAGCACUUUUAUAGUUUUUCUAGAGCAAUAUCUUCUGCUCAGUGUGCUUGUUAAACUUCAGCUAUACAUGGAGACAACAGAAAUCAAGUCGACUUGGUGGAGUUUUGGGACCAGACCUUUAUACAAUACAACUUAAAUCAGUGGAUAUGUGGCAAUCUGUUAGAAUGUGACUCACCACUUUCCCUUCUCAUUCCUGUCAGCAGUCAGUUUACAUGCUUCUCACUUCACUCUUUCCUCUUUCUGUCUGCUGUUUAAGUCAACCUGCUCAUGCAAUUAAUAUUUGCAAUUUUGCAUGUCUAAAAGACGUAACCAAUUCAGACCAAAAAGAUACUCUAGGUCAGGUUUGUAUAGCUUCAAAAGCAAGUGAUGCUACCAGAAUUCUGAGUUACUGCACGGUUUACAUUGUUGUUCAAGAUAUAAUACUGUUCCAGCUUACACUGUUUAACAACAACCAGGCUUCAGACUCUCUCAUUAUUGUCAUGUUAUGAUAUUGUAAUGUUAUGCUUUGUACCAAAAAGUUGGGCUCAUGUUGUACUUUUGUUUUAAUAAUUAUUUAUGGGUUUGAUUUACAGUUUAUUUUUUAACAUAAAUCUAAAGCUUUUACAUAGGGAAUAUUUAAGAGUCACCAUGGAUACAUGAACAAAGGAAAUGUGUUGGAGCAAUUUCAAAAUUUAUUAUUAUUAUUAUUAUUAUUAUUAUUAUUAUUAGGUGAAUAUGAUUUUAGAAUAAAAUAAAACCUUACAAACCUUA